AUGGCCCCAACCGUCCUUUUCGUCCCAGGCUUAUGGGAAGGACCAACGGUUUUUGAGAAGGUGAUUGCUCUGCUCAAAUCGAGCGAAGUGUCAGCUGAAGUAGCCACAUUGCAAAGCACUGGCACCACAUCACCCGGAAACCCAGGGAUGAAGGACGACGUCGCAGCUAUUCGCGUCCACAUCAACACAAUUCUCGCUCGCGGAGAGGACGUGCUACUAGUCCUACACUCAGCAGGCGGGUUCCUUGGUAGUGAGGCAAUGCAAGGGCUCGACAAGAAAACACGCGGAGAGGAAGCCGGUGUAAUAGGGAUCGUAUUCUUGGCAGCAGCCGUCUUCCCAGAGGGAUACCAGCACCAACCAUUACCUUUCGCUGUGGUGGAAGGCGGAUCAUCUUACUGUGCGCAACCGGAGACCUUGCUACUUGGCGAUUUGCCCGAUAAUGAAAAGGCCGCAUGGCUUGCCACCUUUCAAGCACAGCCCGCGGAAGGAUGGGACGAUACUGUUAGUUAUGCGGGGUGGAAGGACGUGCCUAGUGUAUAUUAUAUCUGCGAGGGAGACAAUGUGCUGCCGGUUUCGCUUCAAGAGCAGCUGGCUGCUUUGGCGGGUAGCGAGAUUGCGCGAUGCAGUGCUGGUCAUUUGCUUAUGCUGAGCCAGCCAGAUGUUGUGGUUGAGGCUGUUAAGACAGCAUUGGGCUGGGCGGAUUAA